GCGACAUUGCUUCAACAUUUCGGUCCAGAAUAUGUACGCGCCUAAGCGAAUACAGUCCGGUGCAUAGAAUACCUAUAUUAUAAAACGGAUUUGAGCCCAGUGCUGCGUGAAAAACGUACCUACAUCAUUGGCAAAGAGCUGCCUGAAUGUAUGCAACCGAAAAUGAGAAAGAACUCGCUAUUAACAUAAGAAGUUAGGCACGAAGGUCAUUUCUCAGGAUCGGUUUUCUAUUCGGGCGUAUCGUUCUGUGCCGUUUUCAGUGAUCAGUUGCAAUGUGUGAGAGAUAUGGUUUUUAUUUUGUGGUGGUAGCGGUGUCCUUCGUGAGUGUGUGUUCGGGCCGACUAGCUCCCGAUUUCAUUCACCCCUGCAACAAUACGGAGUCAUCGUGUUUAGUUCAAGCCACCCAAGAUGCCAUACCAGAAUUCUCCAAAGGUCUACCUCAUCUUGGAGUGCCGGCCUUGGACCCGUUCAUCAUCGAAGAGCUGCCAAUUCAGCUACCUGGCGUCAAGGUCACCUUCAUAGAUGGGAAAGUCACGGGACUUAGGAAAUGUCAGGUUUUGAACGUUGAGGCUUACCUAGAGAGGAAUAUAUUUAUAUUGGAAAUACGAUGCAAUAUAACAAUAAAAGGAAAAUAUACAGCUGUUGGGAGAUUGCUAUUGUUCCCUAUAAACGGCGAGGGUGACUCUAAAAUAAAAAUCGUCAACUCCAUAAUAAAACUGAAUAUAAAGACGAAGUACUUCAAGGACGCGGAGGGACGCGAUCACUUCGGCAUAAAGAAUUAUAGAUAUUCCUUUGACUAUGGCGAUCGAGUGCAUUACACAAUCAACAAUUUGUUCAAAGGGAAUCCUGAGCUAAGCAACACAGUAUUACAAUUUCUCAAUGAAAACUGGAAGAUCGUAACGGAGGAGUUUGGACAACCGGUAGUCGACUACGCUAUGAACGUCACCAUAGAAACUGCGAAGAAAUUCUUUGACGCGGUACCAUACGAUGAAUUGCUGGAGGUCCCUAUACCAAAGUACUGAUUGUGAAAUGUUACGGCCCAAUAGCUUUAUUGGCCACUAGAAUGAUUGCAAAUUUUGUGAUUUAAUUAUCAUAUUUUAAAUUUAUAUUGAAACAAACAAUUGUUACAUAGUAUUUUUGUAUAAUAUAGCCGUGUAAGAUAAAUCGAUAAUUUGUAAUUUUAAAUGCUUGCAGAGACUUUGUUGUUCUAAUAGUUGAACAUUUUAAUGUGACCUUAGGAAUAUCGUAAAACUAUACUGAUCAUCUAAUUAACUCUGAGUCUGGUGU